CCUGUUAGCAGUGGGGGGGGUGGGGGGCUGGCCACUUGGUGUGCGAUUGUCUGGGGCGGCCUGGGGCGGCCCCGGAGCGGCUGACCCUCUGCCAGCGGGGACGCGAGUCGCCGGGCGCCGUCAUGGCGAUGUCGGAGAGCCAGCUCAAGAAGAUGGUGUCUAAGUACAAAUACAGAGACCUAACUGUACGUGAAACUGUCAGUGUUAUCACUCUGUACAAAGAUCUCAAACCUGUAUUGGAUUCAUAUGUUUUUAAUGAUGGCAGUUCUAGGGAACUAAUGAACCUCACUGGAACAAUUCCUGUGCCUUACAGAGGUAAUACAUAUAAUAUUCCAAUAUGCCUAUGGCUGCUGGACACAUACCCAUAUAACCCCCCUAUCUGUUUUGUUAAGCCUACUAGUUCAAUGACUAUUAAAACAGGAAAGCAUGUUGAUGCAAAUGGGAAAAUAUAUCUUCCUUACCUGCAUGAAUGGAAACACCCUCAGUCAGACUUGCUGGGGCUUAUUCAGGUCAUGAUUGUGGUGUUUGGAGAUGAACCUCCAGUCUUCUCUCGUCCUACUGUUUCAGCAUCCUAUCCACCAUACCAGGCAACAGGGCCACCAAAUAGUCCCAGCAGAGACGGAACCAUCAGCGAGGACACCAUCCGGGCCUCUCUUAUUUCAGCAGUCAGUGACAAACUAAGAUGGCGAAUGAAGGAAGAAAUGGAUCGUGCCCAGGCGGAGCUUAAUGCCUUAAAACGAACAGAGGAAGACCUGAAGAAAGGUCACCAGAAACUGGAAGAGAUGGUCACCCGCUUAGAUCAAGAAGUAGCUGAAGUUGAUAAAAACAUAGAACUUUUGAAAAAGAAGGAUGAAGAACUCAGUUCUGCUCUGGAGAAAAUGGAAAAUCAAUCUGAAAACAAUGAUAUUGAUGAAGUUAUCAUUCCCACAGCCCCACUAUAUAAACAGAUUCUCAAUCUAUAUGCAGAGGAAAAUGCUAUUGAAGACACCAUCUUUUACCUGGGAGAAGCCUUGAGGCGGGGAGUCAUAGACCUGGAUGUCUUCCUGAAGCAUGUACGUCUUCUGUCCCGUAAACAGUUCCAGCUGAGGGCACUAAUGCAAAAAGCAAGAAAGACUGCCGGUCUUAGUGACCUCUACUGACUUCUGACACCAGCUGGAGAUUGACCUGUUCUAGAGCAUUCUUUUCUUCUCUUCCUUUCUCUUGAAUCAGUAGGUGCCCAGAAUAAGUUAUUGCAGUCUAUCAUUCAAGUGUAAAAUAUUUUGAAUCAAUAAUAUAUUUUCUGUUUUCUUUGGGUAAAGACUGGCUUUUAUUAAUGCACUUUCUAUCCUCUGUCAACUUUUUGUGCUGAAUGUUGGGACUGACUAUGCUAAAUAAAAUUUGUUGCAUAAUUUUUCUCUUUUUUUUUUUUUGGUACCAGGGAUCAAACUCGGGUCCUUAGGGUUGCAAGGCAGGCGGUGGAACCACUGAGCCAGAUCCCCGUCCCAAUUUUUCUCUUCUUUAUUGGACUUCUUUAGGAAAGAUCCAUGAAAUCUUAAGAAGCCCUUCUUUUCAUUUAGCAAGCAAAGCAUAAUGUCCAUCUUAAGUUACAAUUUGUAUUAUUUAUUCUAUAGAAUAUAAAGAAAGUUCUAUUUCACAUAGGAUGUACCACAUAGAAACCUAAUUUUGAAAUAUUUGAAAUUGAGGGAUUUAAGUGACUGUUUUCUGUUCAAGGCCAGGGUGGUGCCCUCCCACCAUUCCCACUAGAUCUCUUUCCAUUCUAAGCCUGGCUGAACCGUAAUUGUUUUCAUCAAGAAAGUACACAAUGGUGGGUGCCAAGCAGUAUGUGUGAGACCUGUGCUAAAUAGGCGAAGUCUGGCUGCGAUGAAGGGAGAAGGCCACAGAUCUUUUCGUGGUUCAUAGCAGGAUUGCUGGGUUUUCACACCACUGUGAGAGAUGUGCCUCCCUCGAGCCUUGUUACAGCAUCAGUGCAUUACCCACCCAAAGUGAAAAGAUUUUUUAAUUUAAAGUGAAAGUAUAGCAUUCGGUGCCUCCCUGCUUUUACUGUCAUUUGAAGAUUUGUCUUCAAGGCAGGUGAUACCAUAACCAAGCUGAAAGCCACCCAGUGAGCUACAUAAUCCUGCAGAGAACAUCCAAGUCGAACAGAAUGUUCUUCAGAAUGAGAAUACUAGGACAGAAGAGAACAUUCUGAUGUGUGAAAUGUUUUUCUUCAUGGUAUUUAGGGAAAUAGGAAGCCCAGCCUAUCCUCUUCCAAGAGAAUAAUGACCAACUUAGUCAUCAUCAUGGGUUUAUUCAGUUCAGAUCUUUUCUUUAAAGAUUAAAAUCUACUUGCAAAAAUUAUCAGAAUAAAACCCAGCAAAAUCAAAUCAAGGUUUUAUCUAGUGUGAGGAUUAGAAUUAACAUUUAGAUUUCUUUUGUGUAAAUAUACUUUUACUUUUACCUUGUCAAAUCAUUAACAUAAGUUUGGAAGAAAUGCUCAUCACUAGAUGUCCAUUUUGUAGCAGCCUAUCUGCUAGUCCCACAAAACUGAAAUGUAUCAGUAAUUUCUCCUAGAAAUUUUCAUAGUGAUUUAAAUAAUGUAAACAGCAGAGUUAGGAAGGUAAUUUCAGAGAUCCAGAAGUUAACAUAAAGCCAAUUUGAACCCUGACAGUAAAAACUGUGGCAGUUCUUUUAAAAUAAAUAUAAGAAAUUACUUGGUAAUUAUGAUCACACACAAAAAAGUAGAAGUGCUAUAAUAAAAGGAUUAGAAAUAAUCUCAUCCCUGUAGCAGAAUUCAGUAUGGAAACUAACUUCCAAAGUACCAAAAGCAUGGAAUUAACUAUUGUGGAGAAAUCACUUUCUGUGGAGAUUUUCCCAUGGUGCAGAUCUUCAUCACUUCUUCCCUGAACUCAGACCCCUCAGAGGAGCACCAGCAGUGUUUACAUCACACAAGAACUAAAAGAAAAAUACCCAACCCUAUUUAUUACACGUAUUCCACUGUGUAGCACGGCUGUGUUGUGUUGCCUUUAAAGACGUGCUCCACUGUGUUGCCCGGGUUGGCCUGGAGCCUCUGGGCCCCAGCAGUCCUCCCCAUCAGGGCCCAAGAAGCUGAGACUGCAGGUGCCACCACACACCCUGCCACACCUCUGCAGGUUCUCUCUUAACUGUUAAAGUUCCCUAGGUGAUUUUCAACUAGAAGUGUCCAACAAUACUACCAAAAAGUUCAGAUGUCUGAGCCCCAACCCAGACCAUCUAAAUCAAAAACCUCUAAGGGCCAGGGAUUUAGCUCAGUGGCAUCGCACCUGCCUUGCAAGCGCAUGGACCUGAGUUCGAUCCCCAGUACCAAAAAAGAAAAAGAAAAAAGUACACAGAAACCUCUAGAUGAGGGAUCCACAGUCUGGUCAUCUUGUGGAAGUUCUCCAAACAAAAAAGUGGCAGCUUAACCCUCCCAA